AUGAUUUUUAUCAAUCCAACGCAGCAUGACAACAUAGAUAUCAGAGACCACAUAGCUUACCCCGGCCUCAACUACAUGGUGGAUCCAGAUCUAGUAAAUGAUUUCAUGAAAACCCGACGAACCGGAGGAGUUGAAUCAAUCGGAUUCCUCUUCGGAAAAUCGAAACAUAGGCCGGACGUCGAGCUCGUGCUCGUAAACAAGUUAAUAAAUAAAAAGUUGAAAUCAUGGGUCGGCAUAUCCGAUAAGGUCUACAAGAAAAACUACAAAAUGGCGGAGCACUUAUUCGGCAUGCAUAUUUUUCCGAUUCUGUUGCAUCCGCAGUCGAACGGCACCGUCAGAUUACAAUCGAAAAACCCCAAAUGCGAACCCGAGAUCAGAACAAAUUAUUUAAAACAUCCCUUGGACGUGCAACGUCUCGCGGAUGCCAUUAUAUUCAUCGACGAAAAUUUGACUCGGACCACCGAAUUCGAAAAGAUUAGACCAGUCCUUUACCCAGCACCCAUUUGCGACAACUUGCCCUAUAAGUCGAGAGAAUACUGGGAGAAGGCGUUGACAAAACUGGUAGUAUCGUUCGGCGAUUACAUGGGGGGAAACAAAAUGGGUGCCAGAUCAGACACAUCCUCGGUUGUCGAUUGCGGAUUUAGAAUACGGGGGCUGAAAAACGUGAGAAUUGUCGACGCGAGUGUGAUUCCGGUGACAAUGUCCGGACACGUGGAGGCGACGGUAGUCAUGCUAGCCGAAAAGGCGGCAAAAAUCAUCAAAAGGACUUACAAAAGGUCCUCAUGCUACAACGAUAAAAGUAGGGAACGGCGAAACCAACUGAAUUACAAACAACUAUCUUGUUACAAAUAA